AAGGCCCACAAUUCCAUCCAGUACAGUUUAUCCGUUUGUAUUGACGAUUGUUGGUAUUUUAAAUAAACCUUUGUUCGUAUUCCGUAUAGCACGUGGUUCCGUGCUCGAAGAAGGCUGGUACCAUCGGGUGCCCCGUAGUUCAACUUCUGCAAACUCGAUUAUUUACUGCGGUACCUCUCGAACGAGGUAGACAUUUUCUAUUUCGUGUUGAUAUUAUUAUAAAUAUCUUCGAAUUCGAAAAAAAAAAAAAAUUUAUAUCAUCGUAUUUUUAAUCGUGAUGAAACGUGUUUAGUUUGUGGUUACAGUGAAAGUAUUGUAGGAGAGUUUCACCUUCGAAUAAAUAAAUUAAAAAAAAAACACUUUUAGAUUGUGAUAAUUUGAAGUAAAUGGCUAUGGUCGGUACAAAGGAUAACAAAAGAAUGUCUACACUACUUAAGUGGGCCCAAAAUACACAAGGUAAAUUUAAUGGAAAAAAUGUGAAUGGAACUACAAACGGCGAAAGGAAAUGGAUUCAUCCACCUGAAGCACUCCAAAAAGGGCAUAUAGCAUAUCUCGUCAAAUUUUUAGGGAACACAGUAGUAGAUCAACCGAAAGGAAUAGAAGUCGUUAAAGAAGGUAUUCGUAAAUUACGUUUCAAUCAACAAUUAAAGAAAAGCGAAAGCGGCGCCAAAACCAAAAAAGUCGAAUUAACGAUAAGCGUCGAUGGUGUCGCCAUACAAGAACCCAGAAGUCACAAUAUACUGCAUCAAUUUCCGUUGCACCGGAUAUCCUAUUGCGCCGACGAUAAAGGAGAGAAAAAAUUUUUCUCGUUCAUAGCGAAACAACCGAACCAAGUUGAUAACGACGCCGAGGAUACUCACGAAUGUUUCGUGUUCAUUUCGGAUAAAUUGGCCGAAGAAAUAACUCUAACGAUAGGUCAAGCGUUCGAAUUGGCUUACAAGAGAUUCCUGGAGACGUCCGGAAAGGAUUUAGAAUCUCAAAGACAGGCUAUGAUAACCCAACAGAGAAUCAAGAGAUUAGAACUGGAAAAUAACGUUUACAAACAGAGGUUAUUGGAUUUGUCGCGUUUUUCCAAUAUAAACGUCGAAUUAGAUCAAUAUUUGCGAAGCAAAAACAUCAAGGAUAUAUUGGAUAUAAAAGGGGAAGGGCAGAAUGAAAAGACGAACGGUAACAGUAACAACCAGCCUCAGGUCAAUGGUACUACGAAGGAACUUCUGGAUUUGAGUUUCGAGUCAACAAACGGUAACCUACCACCGGUUCCGCCGAGGACUUUCGAUAACGCACCCGUAGUUGGAACCAAACUCGAGGGAUUGCUGUUCAACGAAUUGGAUCCGGACAACGAUUUCGAUCCCAGAUCCUUCGAAAAUAGUUCUUCUACCGAUAUCACUCCAAGUCCACCUUUGAUAGCACCGCCGCCGAAAGCUCCAAGACGUACCAAUCUCACCGUCAACAACUGUAAUUACAAUGAAUCGCAGGGACAAGAUCUAUUCGGUACUACCCCUUUCGCUCCAAAUUCGACUAACAAUAACAUCAUGGACAAUAAAAUUUCCGAUCCAUUCGAAAUGGGAGAUUUCUCCACAGCACCCACCCCUCAAGAUAUCGAAAACGCGAUCGGUUUGUUAGACAAGAGGAUCCUGGAAAUGAAGACUGGAUUUAGUCGCGGUAUCAGCUUCGGCAAUGACGAUUUUUCAUUAGAGAGCCUGGAUCCACUAAAAAACUAACCCUUAUUUAGAGACAUUAAUAAAAAAUAAUACAUUUACGACGAUGAUUUGAAUAUUUUUCAUUGAUCAUAAAUUACUCAUCCUGUAUUUUUGUUUGGUGAAAAAAAGUGGCUGAAUUCUGUUGAUAUGCUCUUGAAAAUAUUGUAGCAUGUAAAUUUUUUGGUAAUACACCCUGUAUAGUUAUGAAUUUAUUUGAAAAUUUCCAUCCACUAUGCUCUCCAAAAGUUUUUAUUCUAGAGAAUUGUUGGAUCCUCUUAUUAAAAUAUUUGUUGAUACUUCUUUUCCAUCCUUCAAGCUGUUGGAGAACAUACAAGAGGCAAGUUUUGAUUUUGGGGACUAUUUAAACCUUCUUAGAGUGUUUCACUUGCUAAAAAGUGUUUCGAUACUUUUAUUUCAUUGGAUAUAGAAUUCUCUCAAUGUACUUUGGUUACUGUUGAAGAUUUCUAUCCUCCAUGCUCUCCAAAAGUUUCGAUUUUGAGAAUUUAAUGGAUCUUCUUCGAGUGCUUCAUUUGUUGAAAUGUUUUGAUACUUUUUUUACAUCCCCCAAGCUGUUGGAGAAGAUACAAGAGGCAAGUUUUGGUUUUGGAGACAUCUUAGAUAUUCUUGGAGUGCUUCAAGUGUUAAAAUGUUUGUUGUUACUAUUUUUCCAUCCUCCAUGUUGCAGAAGAAGAUAUGAGAGACAAAUUAUGGUUUUGGAGACUUGUUGAACCUUCUUGGAGUGCUUCACUUGCUAAAAUGUGUUUCAAUAUUUUAAUCUAAUUGGAUUUAAAAUCCUGUCAAUGUACUUUGGUUACUGUUGAAGAUUUCCAUCGUCCAUGCUCUUCAAAAGUUUCGAUUUUGGGGAUUUAAUGGAUCUUUUUGGAGUGCUUCAUUUCUUAAAAUGUUUUGAUACUUUUUUUCUAUCCUCCAAGCUGUUGGAGAAAAUACAAGAGACAAGUUUUGGUUUUGGAGACUUGUUAUACCUUCUUGAGUGCUUCACUUGCUAAAUUUUUUUAUACUUCUAUUUUAUUGGAAAUGGAAUCAUUUCAAUGUACCUUUGUAAUUGUUGGGGAUGACUUUUGUUUCUUAUCUGAAGCUAGUUGGCGGGUUCUGAUGAGCAGGCAAGAAGUUUAAUUGAAAACAUUUGGCUCUAAAACUAUUAAAAGCAUUCUCAAUUGCGCCUGUCCUCUUUAAAGCCAUCUCAAACGUUUCUCCAAUUCAACAUAAUGGUUUACCAGUUCUUGUUCCUGCUUGGGAGUGAAUGCAGUCAUAAAACUUGCGCCUUUGAGAGUGCGUGGCUAAUUUUUGAAAUUAUUUUUCUACCUGAUGAAGUCUAGUAUAAAAAUUAUGGGAAAAUAAUUUUAAAUCACAUCUUUCUGGGGAUAUUUGAGCCCAAUAAACAUUUAUUCAAAACUAGUUUUAAAAUGUCUAUAAGUCACCCUUAAUUAUAAGUUAUUGGGACACAGAUUUCGAUUAUAAAUGUUGUUAUUGUAUCCCCUGUAUAAUAAAUUGUGUAUUUGUUGAUAUCCUCGUAAAUGUAUUAUUAAAUGUUUGUCAUAUUGGCAAAAAAAUUCGUGAUUUUAUGACUACGUCAAAAAAAUUUUUUUUAUACAUAAAUUUGCUCGGAGUAUUAUAUUUGAUAUAGAAUGGCCCAAAAACAUUUUUUUUAGUCUCAUACUAAAAUAUGUAUAUUUAUGUUUUCAAGAGUCCCUUCAAAACGGCAGGCCAUAACAGAUUUUUUAAGGGUUUCUCCAAAUUUUUAAAAAUUUCUAAAUUCGAUUUUUUUAAUUAUUUUUCUCGUUAAUUCAUUUCUUUUUACAAGAAAAAUUCUGAAUAUCCUGAAAAUCUCAAGCCAAAAUAUUAAUAUAUAAUUUAUUAAAGUACUUGUCUUGGAAACUUUGAAAAAUUUGGAAGAACCUUCAAAUAAAAUACUCUAAAUUUACUUAGGUUACUGUUAAAGAUUUACAUCCUCCAUGCUCUCCAAAAAUUUUGAUUUUGGGGAUUCCAUAGACUUUCUUGGAGUGCUUCAUUUGUUAAAAUGUUUUGAUACUUUUUUCCAUCCUCCAGGCUGUUGGAGAAGAUACAAGAGGCAAGUUUUGAUUUUGGGGACAUUUUAGACAUUCUUGGAGUGCUUCACUUGUUAAAAUCUUCUCUUUGAAACCUUGGAGCGACCUUUAAAUAUUAAAAUUUCUACUUGAGAUUUUCAGGAUUUUCAAAAUUUUUCUCAUAGAAAGAAAUGAAAUAAUGAGAAAAAUAAUUUAAAAACAUUUGGAGUCAUUUGAAGGGGACUUUCAAAACAUUAUAAACUCACAGAUUUUGGUACGAGACUCGAAAAAAAAUUUUUUUGGGCCACCCUAAUAUACAUAUAUGUGUAUCUAAUGUUUUUCCCACUAUAUUUUGUUAUAUGUAUGUUAUUGUUGGAUGAUUGAUAUGUUUCGAAUUUGAUAAAAUAUAUAGAUAUUUUUGGUAA